GAUGACGUGGAGAGAGGCACUGGACAUGUUUCUACGGAGUUGGCAGACGCACAGCUUUUUGCUGUGGGUGGCUAUCACGGAAGGAUGACUGAUACUUACUUCUACUUUACCACACAUACUAUCGGUGUUGGUUUUAGAAAUGUCGCGUCGAUGCCCAAAAUUGUUAAUCACCCUGAUUUUGGUAAGUGGAGUAGGGAUGACACCCAAAUGGAGACAAUCCCUCCUGGGGACGAAUUCUGUUCUCAACGUACCGAGGACGCCGUUGGAGUUGCUAUUUACCUGUGUGAGCGGCCUGGCCAGAAUAUAAAGGAUGUGCUGCUGGCAAUAGCGGUGCGGAACAGUUGCAUACAGCUCAGGCCUUUCAAAAGUUUGAAGGAAACUUGGGCCCUUCAACUGGCUGACUUGUUCACCCUGCAGGACUACCCUAUUCCCGGUUACGAACUCCCUAUAGUUACGACGGAUCUGCACAUACAUCUGGACAAUGUUGUUUUGGCCUACGAUCAUGCUUGGACGAAACCUGACAGUGACAUCCGCUUAAGACUAGUACUUGGAGAGACCGACAUAAGUAGUUCCAUCAUACAAGAUAUGAACAUGGCUAAGGUUACCAGUAUCUUUGAGAGCGCGCGUGUGUUCAUGAGUAACACCAAAAGGUCCAAGGAUAACGUUCGAUUUGAAGAACACCGAACACCUAGGAAUGCCUUAUCUCAUGCCACUGCCCGUCCAAACAAGAAGUUCUUCAAAGUGAUUGAUGUUGGAUUAUUUCAGCUUGAGUGUUUAUCUGGUCUGAAUGUUUCUGUUGAACAAAAAAGUAAUGCUCCGCCUCUCCUCGAGAUUCGCUGCCGAAAUGACAUAAUCAAGGUUCGUUACUUAGCACUGAUGCAGAACGUUGCUGGUACUUUGUAUUAA